CUUGGACAAUAAGUACAACUGAUAAUGCUGAUUCAUCAGGUUCCGACUUGCGCCAUAGUGGGGCAGCACGGCUGCCUUACUUGGGGCGGCUAGUUGAUACCGAAGAGACUGCUCAAACGCAAAAGCAAGAUGCAGAGUGUCCUUCGAUAAGCGGCGAUAUUUGCGAAGAUCUUCGACCGAUCAGUCCUAAUCUUGCAGCAACUCGUCGUGAGGUUUCAAUUCUUUUUCUUGACUGCGUACAUACUCGUGCUAUGACAUGGCACGAUCUGGUGGAAGCCCGUCGGACCUUGCGGCCAAAAUAUGUGAUCAUAGACGAUUACGGAAAAUUCCAAGCAGUACAGCACGCAGUGGAUGCAUUCGUAUUGGCGGGUUUUGCGAGGUUUGAAAGGCACAUUGGAGAGGCAGUUGCGUCUAAAGCAUGGCGACCUGAUGAUGCGGUGGAUAGUGAAAAAAAUAGAGAUAAACAUGCAGAAAAGAAAAUCGAGAGCACAUCAACGGGAGUUGAGUCUGCAUCCACUACAGCUGCAGCGGCUGCUCCGUUUCACAUUGAAGGCAAGG